AUGGCGACCAUGCCGUUCGUCAGCGAAGGGAAGUGUGUGAGCGUGGAGUGGGAUUUUCUACAAGGACUGCUGGCCAAGCCCCCCACCUUGCCCUGUCUGCAGAACCUGCGCAAGGAGAAGUCUCGCAAUGCGGCGCGGUCACGGCGGGGGAAGGAGAACUUCGAGUUCUUCGAGCUGGCUAAGAUGUUGCCUCUGCCCGGCGCCAUCACCAGCCAGCUGGACAAAGCCUCGGUCAUCCGGCUGACCAUCAGCUACCUGCACAUGCGCACCUUUGCCAGCCAGGGGGACCCACCCUGGAUUCCUCUAAUGGAGGGUGGCAGCAACUGCAGCAAAGUCCGACGAUCGGCUCUCUCUCUGGCGACUGACAUGUUCGAGCAGCACCUCGGGGCACAUCUCCUGCAGUCUCUGGAUGGCUUUGUGUUCGUGGUCAGUCAGGAGGGACGGUUCCUCUACAUCUCAGAGACAGUUUCUAUCUACCUGGGACUCUCACAGGUGGAGCUGACCGGCAGCAGCGUGUUUGACUACAUCCACCCGGCGGACCACGUGGAGAUGGCGGAGCGACUGGGAAUCCGGCCGCACCUGAGGGCGGAGGCCGGCUGCCACACGGCCCCCGAGAGCGCCUCCAGCUCCGCCUCCGCCUCCUCGCUGGCCGGGACCCCCGAGCCCGCUCCGUCGAGUCCUCACUCUCCUGCAGACGAACCCACCGAGCGCGGCUACUUCAUACGCAUGAAGUCCACGCUCACCAAGAGAGGCCUGCAUGUCAAGUCUUCUGGAUACAAGGUGAUCCACGUGACCGGACGAAUCCGCUGCCGCCCCGCCCUCAUCCCGGGCUCCGUGCGCCAGGUGCGGCGUCCGCUGGGUCUGGUGGCCCUGGCGCACACGCUCCCCCCCUCCACGCUCAACGAGGUCCGCAUGGAGAGCCAAAUGUUCGUCUUCCGAGUGAACAUGGACCUACAGGUCACGUACUGUGAGAACAGGAUCUCUGAGUACAUGGACCUGACCCCAGCAGAGGUGGUGGGACACACCUGUUAUCACUUCAUCCACGUAGAAGACCUGGAAAACCUCCGGCAGAGCCAUGAAGACUUGCUGAGGAAAGGCCAGGUGGUGACUGGCUACUACCGCUGGCUCCAGAGGAGGGGGGGUUACCUGUGGAUCCAGUCCAACGCCACCGUCUCCAUCAACCACAAAGCCCCCCACGAACGCAACGUCAUCUGGGUCAACUAUGUCCUGAGCCGGACCGAGUUGCCCGACACUCCCCUGGAUCUGCUGCAGCUUCCGGAGGGCUUACGAGCGGAGAGACUUCGAGUCAGCUCCUCUCCCGCCGACAGCUCCCCUCAGGCCCGAGGUUCCCAGGCAGUAAAGGGCCCAGCAGGGAAGAGUGACCCCGACACUAAAGGGAGGGAGAAGUUCAGCGCCGCCGCCGUCCAAUCAGAGGACAGGAGGAAGCGCCUCCUGAGGUCCGAGCCCGAGGGCGCUCCGCCCGAAACCCGCCGCAGACUGGAGGAGCUCCGCCAUGUGGAGGAGAGCGUGUCGGCCUCCUCCGACCUGGCGAGUGACAGCGAGGGGGAGGAAGAGGAGGAGACGGAGUGGGAGCAGGGGGGGGACAGUGACCGGCUGAAACAGGAAGACGGCGGGGGAGGCAAACCGAGCAGGGGGGGGGACACCCCGAGCCGAGGGGAGAGAGGAGGGCGGGCGCACAACGGCCGGGCGGUGAUCCAGCAGCUGAAGAGUGUGGUGACCCCGUCGUCUCUGAGCGGCUCCGGCAUCAAGACAGAGCACGACUCCCUCCCCGGGGGGGGGCGCUGGGGGUCUCACACUCAAACCUCCACCUCCCACCCCGGCCAGCACCAGCCCUCACACGCACACACGCCCUCCAGCAGCCUCAACGGCGACAGCCCCACCACCCCGAUCCCCGACUCCUCCUCCAGCAGCGAAGCCCCCCCCAAAGGUUUGUUCACUCCGCCCUCCCCGGCCCUGUCCCCCCCCAUGUCCGUGUCCUCCCCCCUGCCCCGGGAGGACAGGGGCAUGUCGGGCACCGUCACCCGAGGCAACGGCUGCCCGGGCGGCGGUCCUGACUUUGAGCUGCUGCAGAGACUGGCUGCAGGGGGCGCUGCAGGCCGGGUCCUCUUCCACCCGCUGGCCCUCGGCCCUCAGGGUCCGCAGAGCCUCUACGCCCCCAGCACCAUCCGCUACGCUCCGCCCGAGCUGCCCCCCUCCCACCACCACGGCGCGGGACACAGCGACGGCCUGCAGCUCCGCUCGGACCACCACAAGGGACCCCCCCCGCCGGCCUUCUUCCCCCACCUGCAGCGGCUGGCCGGGCUGCCCCCCUUCAGCGGGUUCUCCCCAUCCGACAGCCCCUUCUCCUCCGGCCUGCCCUUCUGUAUGAACGCACUGAGGGGGGCCGCGGGCUCGGAGGAGGACUGA